AUGAAACGCUCUUUGAUCACAGCCUUUGAGUCCAGCUCCUCCUCCUCUGACCGCUCUCUGGACACUUCACUCUCUCUGCUCCCCGUGGGAGGAGCCGUGGGAGGAGCCGUGGGAGGAGCCGAGGGAGGAGCCGUGGGAGGAGCCGUGGGAGGAGCCGAGGGAGGAGCCGUGGGAGGAGCCGUGGGAGGAGCCGUGGGAGGAGCCGAGGCAGUACAGGAGAUGUGA